AUGAUAAGAAAUUCUUCAAUUUAUGAAUUGAUAAAAAUACAGAUAUAUAUAAAAUUAUAAUAGGAGGAGAGUUAAGAUAUAAUUAGAGAUUUUAUAUUAGUAAAUAUAUUGUAAAGAGACUAAAAAUUGAGAAAAAAGAAUAUUUAGAAAAAACAUUUUGGUGAAAGUCUAUAAUUUUCUUAUUCAUCUUGACAAAAUUAAGAUUGUAUAUAAAAUAUAGAUAAUCCAUAAUGUUAAAAGAAAUAAUUGAAAAGUUUAUAUGAGAAAUUUACAAAAGAAUAUUCACUAUAAAGAGCUAGAGUAAGAAAUGAUAAAUGAUUAAAAAAUUAGACCUUAAGUAGAGAAGAAAGGUUAGCAAAUCAUUUGACAUCCAACUCACUCUCUUAUGGUGAAAUUGUAUGUAAAUAUAUUUAAAACAAAAGGAAUUCACAUCUUUAUCAUUAGUGUUUUAAUAAGUAUAACCAAAUAAAGGUGGAAUAUUUUAUGAUUUGGGUAGUGGAAUUGGAAAAAGUGUAAUUGCAGCUUCUUUAAUGCAUUAAUUUGAUAUUUGUAAAGGAAUUGAAUAUUUACAUUCUUUACAUGAAUAAGCAUGUAAAUUAAAAUAAGAAGUUGAAAAAUAAAAAUCUCUUAUUGAAUAAGAAAUGGAAUAGAUUGGUGUUUAUGAUUAUUAAUAACCAAUUAUCGAAUUUAUUAAUGGAGAUUUUAGAGAAGUAUUAUUUCAUUUACCAAAUCAAGUUAGAUUGGAGUGAUGGUACUUUUUUAUUUGCUUCUACUACUUGUUUUGAUCCAGAUCUAAUGAGAUAAUUGAGUAAAAAGGCUGCUCUUUUAAAAGAUGGAUCCUAUUUCAUUACUGUUACUAAAACAUUAGAACCUUAGAUUGGAUGGGAUCUUAUUAAAUCUAUUAAAGUCUAAUUAUCUUGGGGGCUAGCUACAAUUCACAUUUAAUAAAAAAAAAUGAUUUAGAUUUAACAAUAAUAAAUAUUAUUAUUAUGA